AUGGCGAGUUCCAGCGACCGCGCUCGUGCAGUGCGAGCCCGUCUCAGGCCAGACAGUGAACCAGCUUGGCAUCGGCGGCUCAGAGCAAAGCGAGGAAUUGCCAGAGUCCUCCUGCGCCUGUCCGACGCCAGGGCCCUCCUCAAGGCGCACCACAGCAGCGGCAACAUGGGGAAGGGCGGCAAGGACAAGGGCAGCAAGAAAGGCAAGGGCCACGAGAAGCAGAAGUCUCCAGUGGCCCACGCAUGGAGUUGUAAAUCGUGCAAGGCACAGGUCUCACUGAACCUCGAGUGGUGCUGGCAGCGUGGUGGCCACUGGCAGGCUACCCCAGCGAGCACAGACAGUCAGCCAGAGGAAUCGAAGCCGCCCUGGGCGGCAGGCGACACGUCAGCGGGAAGCAAGGGCCUCUCGCCCAUGAAGCAGGAGGGCGCCGCAGUUGGACCCCAGCUAGGCCCCGCCAUUCAGACGCUCCAGCAAGCAGUUGAUCAGGUCGGGCGCCUCGACCUCCCAGCUGAAGCCCAGAAGCAGCUCCUCGACCCCCUCAAUGGUGUGUUGAACGAGGUGAGGGCCAAGCGGGAUGCGCAGAAGACUCCGACACAGCUGAUCCAGGCAAGCACACAGCGUCUGAAAGGUAAGAUGAAGAGUAUCGGGGUGAAAGAGAAGGGUGUUGCACAACUCCGUGAGCAACUAGAAGCAGCACGCACGAGGGCUUCAGAGAUAGAAGAGAAGAUAUCCAAUGAGGAGGGGCUAUUGGCCACGGCGCGUGCUGAGGUUCAAGCCCUCCAGGAUGAGCAGAACGAGCUAAUCCGACAGCGCCAGCAGCCCACUCCAGCACCCCAAGCGGCCGCGGCCAGUUUCUGCGCCAUGAAGACGGCGCUGGAGUCUAUGGGCAUGGCGACGGCGGGGGACCAGCACUUGGUGUCGGCGUUCCAGGCGCUGGCGGCGGCGCU